AUGCACUUCUACCAGAAUGCCUAUCUCGCUGCUGCGACGGUAUGCACCCUCAUCUCCCCGUGCCUCAGCACUCCCGUCCAACCGCCUAUCACAAACACAUCAGCACUCCCACUACACUACGGCCUCGUCAUCUUCCCCCACUUCCAAGCCCUCGACAUCUUCGGCCCCAUGGACCUUAUCAACUCACUCUUCAUGACCUACCGCAACAAAACACAAGAACCCCAUCUCUCCAUCCUCAGUCGAACCCUGGAUCCUGUAUCCUCUUCCAUGAUGCCCGGCGGCUUCGGCGAAGCAAUCAUGCCAACAAACACGUUUAAACAGUACCUAUCAGCCCACGCACCUUCCAACAAUACCGCCAACACGUCUGUCGACGGCAAGCCCAACAUCGACGUCCUGAUUGUACCCGGCGGCGGCGGCACCCGCAACGACAUGAGCGAGGAAAUCGCCUUUAUAGCCGCCACGUUCCCGCGCCUCAAGUACAUCAUUUCCAUCUGCACGGGCGCCUCGCUGCUGUCGCGCGCAGGCGUCCUGCAAGGUCGCCGUGCAACCACCAACAAGCGGAGCUGGGCGUGGGCGACCUCGCACGGCGAAAACAUCACGUGGAUCCCGACUGCGCGCUGGGUUCAGGACGGCAAUGUGUGGUCCAGUAGCGGGGUGUCGGCGGGUAUAGAUGCCAUGUAUGCGUUUGUUGGCAACGUGUAUGGUAAGGACGUGUCUACCUUUAUGAGUCUGAACCUCGAGUAUACGAGGGAGUUGCACUGGGAUGCGGAUCCGUUUGCGGCGGUUUGGGAUGUCCCCGGUGCGAAGUAG